AUGGCGACGGCCAGAGAGCUGUUGUGUUUGGCCUUUUUUGUAAACAUUCUAAUAAUCGGGGUGGACGGUCAACUAGAAGAAGGCACUCACGAUUUUCUAGCAUUUCCAGCGAUUACAGAUUACCAGAAAGGGUUUGAUUUUGUCAAUGAUGUCGAAUAUGCAUGGUCACAGAAUGAAAUCAGUUCGAGAACCGCUUUUCAUAAUUUCUUAAAGAAGAAAUAUGGCCACAUUUCCGCGCAAGCUCGCCGAAGAUUAAUAGGAGACGCCAACAUUCAAGAACGUGUUAGAAAACACAACUUUCAACACAGUGUGAGCCUGACACACGUCCCAGGAAACGCAGCAGAACCUUUUAAACUGAGUACAGUGAACGGUUGGAUGAAAGACGAGGUCCUCGUGUACCCUUCUCCGCUCUUCCACAACUCGUCAAUCCUUUUCCAUGCCUUUAAUCCACAUUCGGGCUUUCUGGACGCUUUGUGGAAUAGCAACGACUCCUUGGCGUCCGCCAUGUCCAUGCUGAAUUCCACCCCUGUUAAUGUCCACUAUGUGUUCCUGGCACAGGAAGGGGACGCUUUAAGCAUGGCGGGACUGUUGAUUAAAGCUGCUCAUGCUGUAAAAAGACCAGAGCUGUUAUCCAACCUUCAUUUUGCCUUGCACCCAGUGUACAAGCUGGGCAACUGGAUCCCUGGGUUACUGAAAGAAUGGCAGUGUCAGGACCACGGAUGUGGACUGGAUCAACUGGUACUUGAUGACAAAGUUAGCGUCCCUGAGGUUCUGAUGCGUCUGGAUGCUCACUAUGACUGGCUACCAUCCCCAGUGUCAGUGUUUGGUAACAAGAGCAUGCCAGUGAGGUCCAUGCUUGGCCUUGGUAAUGGCUGCAGGAAGGAGCCAUCAGUGAAAGGAAUGCUGGCCUAUGUCCUAGAUGGGAGUGAUUGUUCUUAUUUUGAUAAGAUCAGCAGUAUGGAGGCAUCAGGUGCAGCAGGUGUGAUAGUUCAGGCACAACCUAACAACUCUGUCUUUGACAUGAAGUGUGUGGGGAAGCAGUGUGAUGUACAACUCAGUAUACCUGCCACUGUGGUUAGAACUGAUAAUACCAGACUGAUGAACAGGUUGAAAUUGGGGACUGUCAUGGCAUCCUUCCAGAACACACCAAGUGAUAACUUCUAUGUGGGAAUUGACAACAGGGGGCUCCUGGCAGAGACAGGCUGGUUCCUCUACCCAUCCCUGCAGUUUCUGGCUUGGCAGGCACAGUGGUUCUCAUACAGACAGUCCCUAGAUGAAAAACUCUCUCACCCAUGUACUGUAAUUCCUGUAUUCAACCAUACCCGUAUGCAGGGGGCCAAGGGAGCCGUAGCAACUGUCAAGUUACCCAACAUCAGUGGUCUGUGUAUCACAGAGCUGCGCCAGUAUAGCAGGAUAGAACUGGACAUGUCUCUGUCGUGUCCGGGGACACGGGACGUGGACUGCGCUCACUGGGACCACACCGUCCAGUUAUAUGUCUGCUGUAAUAGGACAGAUCAACAGCUGUGUAAUGCUGAGCUGGGACGCUGGAUUAGCCCUUUCAGGAGGCGUAUUGGUCGCUGGCUGACAGAUGUGUCCAGUCUCCGCCCCCUGCUUGAGUCCAGCAAUGGUCAGUGUACCUUGACCAUGAAGACUGCCCCCUGGGCCCUGCCCUGGAUGCCUUCAUUGAACCUCAGACUGUGUAGAAAUAAAGAUGUGACUCCAACACCAUCUACAGUUCAGCCAUUAUGGUCGCCAGGGGCAACCUUUGAUAAAAACUACAAUAAGCACUUUCAGCCUUUUUCAUUUAAUGUUCAGAAUAAUGUGAAGAAGGUGGGGUUGGUGUCAGUGAUCACAGGGCAUGGGAGUGAUGAGAAUGGUUGUGGAGAGUUUUGUCCGACAUCGCACCACUUUGUUGUCAACGGGAAAACUUACAGCAGAACAUUUGACACUGCAGGGACCCCCUUGGGGUGUGCAGACAGAGUCCCCCAGGGGGUCACCCCCAAUGAACAUGGCACCUGGCUGUAUGGCAGAGAUGGCUGGUGUGACGGACAGCAAGUGGAUCCUUGGGUCAUAGAUGUAACCAGUGCAGUGAAGAUAGGACAAGUGAACACAGUCACUUACUAUGGCUGGUAUAAAGGAGGAGACCCCAACCCACAGCAUAACCCUGGGGUCAUGAUAUUCUACUCAUAUCUGGUGACAUAUACUUAGUGACAGGUGCUUUGGAUGGUGGCAUAUAUAACUGUUCUAUUAUAUAAUCUAGGGUUAUGAUUAUGAAAUACCUCGACUACUAAUACAUCGAUCAAGAAAAUUGUCUUUUAUUGUGUGUUUAUCAUACAGGUUACUUUUUACAAACAAAUUUGCACUCUAACAGACAUUAAUCAAUAUUAUCAUAUUUUCUUUAAGUUUUAUGCAUUGUAGUCAGAGUAUAAAAUCUAUGGAAUUUCCUGCAUAACAACAAUUAUUAUAUCAAAUUGUAAUCACUAAGAAAUAUUUCAAAGCAUUCCAACAUCUAAGUGAUUAAUAGUGGACCAGUCACUUUAUCUUAUGACAACAAAUUGCUGCUCUAGUGUGAAAUAAAAAAUGACCAUUGUGGGUGAAGGUCAUCAUGACCACUAUGAGGUCAAGGUCAAGUAUAAUAGUUCUGACCUUGACCUCCAUAAAAUGACCUUAACUGUAACGUUUCCACUGAUUCUGUCGUCUGUGAUAAGGCAUCAACAGCUGUAAAUAAUGUAUUGUU